AUGAAUUUGUCCGACAUGCCGAUGAGCCCAAACACGCGGCGAAGGACGGAGAAUGAAGCCACCAUCACGGCGGAUUCCAAUGACAAGGAGAGGGAGGCCUCCCCUCUCGCGGUUCACAUUCUGUUAAUCCCAUCUAUCGUACGGAAGAUUUACAACUAUUUUUGGCUCGUUCGCUCACACCCAAAUUUGCGCUCGACGCUGCUUUUGCAGGUUCGUUAUCUGGCGGAGCUUUUUCUCGCAUAUAAGUAUUGCUUCGGGGGGUACGAAAAGGGGGUACGGGAUUCCGCGUUGAAAGAUGUUUUGAAUCCCGCCGGGGCGAUCGCAGGGAUGAUAAGCGCGGCGGUUGGAUUACUCCGUGUGAUUGAAAGCGCUCCGAGUAGCUAA